AAAACAGCUUUUAGAACCUAUUAUAGCUAUUUUAAAUAUCUUAUAAUAUCUUUUGGGCUAGUUUUCCCUUUCAUACUAGCUAAUAUACUAGCUAUAUUUCAAAUAUAUAUUAAUACUAUAUUUAUAGGGCUUCUAAAUUAUUUCAUAGUUAUUUAUUUA